GGGAUGUGCACCUUAGUUGCAUUCAACAGCAUCAAGAGUUGGUCUACAAGUUGAAAGAAAUCAACUUAAUCUAUUUUUUCACAGGAAGACCUAAUACUCACGGGAACCAUGGUUGUGUUGAAGAUCUCUGCUUUCCUUGUUGCUUAUGCCUUGGUUGUGUGUCAGAUGUACAGCUCACAUGCAGCUCCAGCCAGAACUGGGCUUGAGUCUAUGACAGAUCAUGUGACACUCAGUGAUUAUGAAGCCCGAAGGCUACUUAAUGCUUUAGUAAAAGAAUUUGUGCAAAUGACGACAGAAGAACUUGAGCAGCAAGUGACCGACGGAAACAGCAUUACAGCACAGAAACGAGCCUGUAAUACAGCCACUUGUGUCACUCACCGACUGGCAGAUUUCCUAAGCAGAUCAGGAGGGAUGGGUAACAGCAACUUUGUACCAACCAACGUGGGAGCCAAGGCAUUUGGCAGGCGAAGGAGAGACAUCCAGAUGUAGAAUAGAAAUGACCUUCAGGAACAGGAUCAACACAACUUGACAAGGCAACAUUACAUUUAUUUUGGGUAAACUAAACUCAUGUCUCCAGUCUCCUCCUUUAUAGAAGAAUGGCAUAGAGAAUAGAGGACUGACUUCAUGUCCUCUUGAUGUUAUAAAUAUUUGUUUUGCUUUUGGCAAAGAAAAAUAGAGCACUUCUGUUAUGUAUAUUACAAGAAAAUCCUGAAUUGAAAUCUAUUCAUUUUUAUAUGCAAAUCUAUUUCAAAUAAGAACAUGAUAGCAUUGAUGAUUUAUUUAUCCUUUGGCAUACAGUACCUAUGUGCAAUGUGAUCCACGCUGCUCUAACUUGUCAUGCCAGCACUCUGCAGUAUCUCGGGGAUUACAUUAAAAUUCUGCCUAGCAAAGCUGAUCUGUAAAUUGCUGUGUGUUGUGCCUUGAUGUAAAACACUUUACAUAACAUGAUUGUACAGUAUGUUAAAAAAAAAAAAAAAAAAAAAAAAAAAAAAACCUCAAUAUUGUAACAAUUGUGAAUUUCAGCAAGAUUAAAAAUGUAUUUUAGAUACAGUUGGACUGGGAUACUUGUCUUAUUCCACGGAGAUGAUGUAGAUGGAAGUGACUUUUUUUGUGUGUGUGUGAGCACAAGCCCUUGUUCAUCAUUCAACAUGCUGCUUCAUCUCAUCACACUUUAAAAAAAAGCCUGCCAGAACUGAAGAAAAGUCUUCAUUAUUACACACUCCAGAGAAAAGUGAAAUACAGCCCCAUUAACCAGAUGGCAGACCUUUGCUCUUGAAUUUUGGCUUGCCAGUUUACAGGUACUCUUUAAUAAGUAGUACUGUUGCUGAAGAAGUCAUACCUUCAUAAUCCCGAUAAUCAGAUAAUACCACAACUGGGGUGUUGCCAUUUCUAUUUGCCUGGCGUGUUUAUUACACCACUGAAAGUGAGAUUCAGGGACCAGGCUAACAUUGGAAUCUACUGCAAAAUUUGUUAAAUGUAAGAACCAUGCUACUUGUGAGAUGAUUCCCUUAAGCUUUAACAUUGCUGCUGUAAAUUAAAGCUUUUCAAACACUU